AUGGCCACUGAGGUUGAGGAGCUCCGAGCAGAGAUCCAUCGCCUUUCCUCCCGUUUGGCGGCGUUGGAAGUCCGCUUUGAUGAGAAGGGCUAUGCUCCCAGCUCCGUUGUGGUGGAACCAGAACCGACAGCCCCGCCGGUACUGCCAAAGGCAGAGGAAGCUGAUGUCGCCGAAGAGAAACCAGUUCAACUAGCUGAGAGCGCUUGGAACCUUUUUGCCGUUGUGGGGCUCACGGACGCUGGAUGGCUGGACGCGCUUUUUUCCGUUCUGAUCCUGCUUGCGAAUGUUAUUAUGCAGACAUUGUUCAUCAACAUUUUGUUCAACAAAAGCUUCCUUGGGGAUCCGUUUGAGACCAACGUGAAGAACACGAGAAUCUGGCGAACAAGCUUGGCACACUCCUUCAGGUACAUGGACCUGUCGCAGACGAGCCUUGUGACCCGCGUCUGCGAUGAAGACAGCUCCCUCCUCGUCGCCUCCACGCAGGCCAAGUUGCUCUCGGACAUCAACAAGUUCCUGGGAAUACAAAAAGCUGCCUUCGAAGCCACCUUCGAUCAGCCAGGCGUCAUACUUUGCAUGCUAUGCAUCAUCUUGUGGAACCUUUGCGUGUACCGCGAGCUUCGAAACAUUUGGCUGAACCUGCAGGCGGUGAUGCAGCUGCCGCGUGCGCAAUCCACGGAGCUGCACCAGGGAACCUUCCGAAGUCUCUCCUUCACACGGUUUGCCGUCAUUGUGUCGGCCUACCUGCUUCGUGCUGCACUGGCAAUUGCCCUGCUGGUCGGUGGAACGCAGUGGCUGGGGCGCACCACCUCCAUUGUGGACCUGAUCCUGAAUGCCGUGGCUCUGAAUGGCAUCUUGGAUAUCGACGAGUUCCUCUUCGAGGCGAUGGUGCCCACGAAGAUCCAGUUGGCAAUCCAAAAGCUGCAGCCGAUACAGCUGAAAUACACGAAAGGGAAGAGCCAGGUGGAGUCAGCUUUCAACUUCACGAUGUUGCUCGUAAUGCUCUUGGUGCCUUACCUAGUGCUCAUCGUGCCGCUGACCCAGAGAAUGCUCGAAGUGAAGAGGGAGAUGUGCUUCGGCAUCCAGAACUUCGUCGUCGCCUACAAUUCCGAUGUCGGAAUGGCCUACGGGCUCAUGACCAACGAGAAGCGCUUCGUAAACGCGCUUACUUUGGCCGAGGAGGCUGUGAACAACUACAAGUUCAAGCUGGACGGGCCCUGGAAGCCGGUGUCAGAUGAAGCCCCACCUUCGCCCGAUUUCAUGCAGUUGGGCCUCUACACCCAAGAGUUUGAAUUCGGCCGCAUCCGAAAGAUGCAGGAGGAGGCCGCGUACUGGCCCGUGUGUUGGGAGCGAGAUGUAGAUCCAUACGAGACGGCGGAGAAUGCCUCGGCCUUGGUUGCCAUCGCGCACAGCCGAAUGAGAGCUGCGGCAUUCAACCUUGGCCUCGGGACCAAUGCCACUCCCACCUGUGCCGAGCUGCGCGAUACAUGCUAUAUUCCGGAGGCACGGAUGGUGCGGCUCAUGUGCGGCCAAACAUGUGGCUGCACAGAUCCGCUCGCAUCUCCCUGGUACAAGCAAAAAGCGGAGGGCUGCGCUGAGAUGUGUCUCCUGCAGAGGGAGACGAGGAUGAGGGCGUUGCCUUGCCAGGACUUCCCUCAAGCCGGUGCGCAAGAAAGUUGGAACCAAUUCUGGGACAACUACGCUGUGGCCGUUUCUGCCUACUACGGGCAGGAUCGACUCGAGUUGGGCGACAUGAAUGCGGUAAGCAUGAUGAAAGCGGGUGGCUGCCCGAUGCUGCAAGCCGUGCCAAAGGACCCCAUCACAGGGGAGGUCUGGUGCUGGGGAGCGGCGGAUUUCUUCGGCCCGCUCACCUAUCUCUGCCCGGAAGCUUGGCAGCACCAGAACUUGGUUUUACAGUGGCACGUAGGAUGUAGGAUUUGA